UUAAUUCUAUUGCUUUACAGAUAUUAUAAAAGUGGUGUGUAGGACAGCACUCAUAUUUAGUGAGUUAUUAAUGCACUACCACAGGUUUGAGGUGCAACAAUGUAGCCACCAGGCAAUAUUUAAUAUAAAUGUUGAAGAAUGAACACACAAGAUGAAAAUGAAACCUUUGCUAGAGAGAAUUGAAAUGAAAGAAGUCACAUACCCCACUACUUGCUUUUUCCAGAGCUUUCAACCAUAUGUGGUCUUCUGACAGAUACUGAGCUUGCAUGUCAACAGAACCAUCUGAAUGACCAUUGAGAUAGUCGGCUUGUAAAAAAACUUGCGAUAUCUUCCAUUGCUCAUAAAAGUGCUUUUAAAAGUUUGAAAAGUAACCCUGAUAAUUUCUAGUGUUCUGGCCACUCGAAGCAAAAGUUCACCCACUAACACACUGAUGACAGGCUUCCAUAUAAGGUGCCAACCUGCUCAUCAGGGGAGAAACUUAACGCACAUUCUCACAGACCGAUGGCACAGCCUUUAGGAGCAAUGUGGGGUUGAGUGACUCUUGCUCAAGAGCAGUCCAACAUUUGCCGGGGAUUGAAUCCCUGAUCAUCUCUUUCUCCUGCGCCACAGCCAUUGGGUCGAGUUAUUUUGCUUAAAGUUUGGAUACUGACAGAAAGAUAUGAACUGGGAACUAGGAUUUUGAAAGAUGUUGGUAUUUACCUAGCAGGGAAUUGGUAACGAAAAAAGCGUCAAGUUGCAUUAUGGGAGGUAGGAUCCACUAUUUUUGGAGCUUGGCCCAUAGGGACAAAACGUUAGGAUAUCUCAGGCUUGGCUGCUUUUAUCAUCCUUUUUUUCCUAACAUGUAUCUUGCAAGUACCCUAAUUUAAUUGAAAUAUUAAAUUGCUGGAAUACCCCUUUAAACUAAUUUGGGACCUUUAUGAUUAAAAAAAUCCAAAAUUCCUCUAAUGUUCAUCUUUAUUUUAUAUUUUAUUAUUCACCACUUACCAGUGUAUGAAAUAACGUUAGCUAAAAUGUAAAUUAAAGUAAAUUUGUUUGGAACAGCAACAACCAACUAGUCAAAAUGUAGGAUUUUAGAGGUUAGUUAAAUAAAAUAUAUUAGAAAGUGACCCCAAAAUAUUUAGAUAACAGUCUGGGUCAAGGGGAAAGGAUUGAAGUGAACAAUAGGCUGAUCCCCUGCAACAUUUAGAGGAAUAAUGCGUUCGCGAUAUAUGGUUUAAUUGUACUUGUUAUGAUUAUUACUUCAAUUUAAAAGAAAAACAGUGAAACGCAUCAAUAAUCAUUUUAUUAUGAAGGGGAAUCCGGAAGUUUAAGAUUAUACACAAUCAACUUGACACUGCUGCUAUCAGAGAAGUGUGUUCCUGGAAAGUGUGGAUCUUUGUUUAAUUGGGAGCUGCCGGUGUCUUCAGAGUUAGAAGGAUUAGUUAGAGUACAUGUGUUGUUGAGAGAGAUGCAGGGUCAGACCCAUUCUUAGCUGGACGUUUUAAAACGAUAUCUCCCAUCCGGUUGUGAUGGAGCAGCCACCUGGGAGCUUAGAUGAUCUACAGCCUCAAGACCUCUCCACAUCCAGCAUCCCCGCUGUGAUUGACCUGACCAGGAAAGGCGAGGAAUGUGUCCUCAACAGUCCGUCCCUCGCUGCUCUGCGUAUGGUCAAGAACCCCAGCUGGUACCCAAACUCGGGGGUCAGCAACCCCGGAUUACCCUUCUCGGACACCGGCUCCUCAGAGACCACUCUCCAAGCAGGGGAACCAAUUCAACCAGACAAUGCCUUCUCCCACACUACAGUGACCCUCUCCUACGUGAGCAGAUCUCACGUCUUCUCCUCUAACAAUUCCCUUUCUCGGCAUUCGCCCCUGUAUGGUGUGCCGCCUAUUAGCAAGUUGUCCCUCCACUCUCCUUGUGACUUGGAUAAAGGGCUUGAGGAGACUGGCUUUGCACUGAACCAGCACUACUUGGAGCAAGUUGAUGGGACCAUGGACCUUGCCAAUCAGACACUCCUUUUUCAGUCAUUGACUCAGGCUCAGGUGGCACCAGAGAACGAUGGGGGAGUAUGUCUAAUGCAGGAGCAUCAGGAGUUCAACAGUGGAGUCAUUUCCAGCGGCAGAGACAUGGACAAUCAUGGAAAAGGCAAAGAGGAUUACGGCCUUCGUCUGGAAAAGAGUGGGGGUUUGGAAAAUGGACAGGGUGAUAGCUACUCCAGUUCAGGAGUAUGUGCUGAAUCCUCACCGGAGACGCUCACCUCUGUCGCAGGGGAGGAUGAGGAGAGGGGCAUCUCUGAGGCACUCUUUCUCAUGUCUAAGAAACAGGACCCAGCAGUCGUUGCGGGUGUCGUGGGUGCUAGAGACCUGUGCUCACGAAGCAAGGAGUACAUCAGUCCUCUGGAGGACCCCGUCUCCCCCUCCGUUACCUCACUGGACAAUGUGGAGGAUGUGUUCGUCCUGCCUCAGGCCUCUAGCUCACCCAGCGGUGAUAACUCUUAUCUAGAGACAUUUGAUAAGGUUGCGUGGGAUGAUUUGAGGACAGAGGGGGCCAUUCAGCCGGGCUGUGGCAUCAGUGAUAGCAACACAAGGUCAGCUUCAAGCACUGAAAAUAAGCAGCCUGUCGGUAGACGAAAAGCAGUGUUGGAGCCUUUGAUUGACUUGACAGAUGAUGUUUGUGUGUCAGAAGUUUCCGAAAACAAACCCGAGACUGUCACUCCUCACAUGAACGGGAAUGCUAAGGCACUAAAGAGAACUUUAAAAGAAAGGAAACUGCCCAUGCGGUCCGGCAGAGGUACACGGUUAGACGCUAUAGUUAUGAACAUAAAUUCCAGCCGGUAUAAAGCGUCAGGAUGCAUACGUACCAAUAACAAAGCAAAAACUUCCCAGUCGCCAGCUGGUGAUUCUAAGUUAUCCGGUCCGAAGAGGAAUGACACCCAGUCAGCAGGAAAAAGGAGAAACCGAGUGAAAGCGCCUUUCUCAGUGAAAACGAGGAAACAAAAAGCAGUAACUUCAAUGAAAAAGGGUAAAACUAAUAACAUGAGCACUGCCAGUUACAAAGACUCUACCUCUGAUUCUGAAAUCAAUCAUUCUAAAACAUGUAAUGGCAGCACAUCUCCAAAAAGCCCUCUGUUUUCUGUGCACAAGAAGUCAAAGAGAGGGCUAGAAGAUGUUUCCCAUCCUGCACAUGAACCACAACCCAGCCCUGUGAGGUCAAAGAGGAUACCCUCAUCACACUCAAGUCCUCAGUUUGAUGUGCAGGAAAACUCAAAGGAGCCAGAUGAUCUAUCCCACCCUGACCCCUCAGUGGAAAUUCAUACUGCUAGAUGUUCCCCACCACCAUCAUCAAAAUCUCCAAAGAAAAACCAAGGCAAAGGCAAGGCCACAGGUAGCAAACCAUGUCCCACUGCCACGACCAAGGGGGCUGGUACCCGCAAGAGAAGGCAAAAUAAACUCGCAUGGAGCCAGUAUUCCUCCAUUUUCUCCCCGAAGGAGCCAGAGAUCAAGUUGAAGUACGUCAACUACAAGGAGAAAAGGGACUAUAGAUUGGACAGUUUCUCUCCAUUCAUCCGUGUGGAGCGUCAGCAGUCAGCGUCAUCACUCUGUACUAUAAUCAACUACCCCGAGGAGGUAAGGACACAACACAAGAGAGGCCAGCAGCAGGCUCACCCCUGUGGCUUCAUUUCUGCGGUCGUACCCAGCACUUCCUGUGUGCAGCUGGGCCGGGCAUCGAUGCUCAGCCGGCAGCAGCGCGCUCUCGUCUGCUGCCUGUGUGGACAGGCGGCCAACGCCAUGGACUUAGGGGACCUCCAUGGCCCUUAUUACCCAGAAGGAUACCAGUCAAGCACCAAAAGACCAGCCAGCAUGUCUGGCCUCAAAGAGGAUGAAGACGACUACAGCGACACAGACUCUUCGUCCUGCAGUGUCAUAGGCAGGGGGAGGAAGUGUGCCAUUCCACCUGCAUCACGGCCCCUCAUGCCAGCAGCUCAGCUGAAGCAGAAGGGCCUGGAGAGCUACAGGUGGACAGCUAACAACACUGGCAGCCCUGCUGCUAAGCUGGCUCGGUCAGACGGCGACUCUGCUGAUGUGGAGGACUGGUACAGUCCCCCUGUGCUGCCUCUGGAGCCCUGUGAAUACUGGCUCCACGAAGACUGCGGCAUCUGGUCUGCAGGCGUGUUCCUGGUGAAGGGCAAAGUCUACGGAUUGGAGGAGGCUGUCAAGGUGGCCCAGGAGACGAAGUGCUCAGUGUGCAGUGACCAUGGUGCUACACUGGGCUGCUUCAUCAAAGGCUGCGCCAACAAGUACCACUACAGGUGUGCUCUGGAGUCAGCAGACUGUGUACUCAUAGAAGAAAAUUUUUCCAUGAGGUGUAAAAAGCACAAGAACAAGACAUUCAAAGCCCCUCCAGGGAACCGAUGGGAGGACAGGUGACAAAGUAGAAACCUCAUGAGACAUUCACAUUCAACAUCCGGCAGGGGCUCUCCUUCCCCGUUUGCUGGUAUCCAUGGCAACUGUGGACCAGGGUUCCUCUGACUGACAGCUAGCACUCGUAAACCUUAACUUCACCCUCUGCUCUUCACCUGCACUGUUAGCCCUGUGGCUGGAGGCGCCCAGUCACCAAACCUCACUCAGUCCAGUCUGACGCAACUCAAGACGCCAAUAACCUCCGCAGACUGGGACCUGAAGUCAUGUGCUGAAUUCCUCAUUUGUGUUUUCACUCUGUAGUUAUUUAUAUGGAAUUUUUGUUCCUGGAUUAAAUAUGAAUAACAAUCAAAGAUAUUUAAUUAAAAAAAAAAAAAGAUUUUGUAAGUAUUUGAUUAUAUUUGGUUUAUUUAUUCCUGGAGUUGUCUUAUUAGUUGUUAUUGGUUAUAAGUUAUUGGUAAAGCAGUUGAAAGUUAAAAUAUCAAGCCAGUCAAGAUGUUGCUGGUUGGUGGAGCUAUGACACUCACUGAACAAGGCACCUGAUUGGACGCUGUCAACACAACAGGGUUUCACAGUAAAAUGUUGCCUGAAAUACAGCCGGACACUCAUUGACAUUCAAUGUUUGGCCCAGUUGAUGUUAUCGAGGGGACUGAACCUUGGGUCUCCCCAUGUGAGUUUUGUUGCAGAAAGCACUUUAGAGUGACACAAACAUGUUGUGUGUUGUGUCUCUCCCCCCCCCCCCCCACCC